AUGUUUAAAGAUACAACAACCCUUGCGGGUUAUGUUAAAUCAGAUAAAUCCUUUUCUCCUUACUUAUAUAAUGUUUUUUUUUUAUUUUUUUUUUUACAGGAAGUUCAAAUUUUAAAAGCUUUGGUAUUGGGAGAAGAGGAACGGGGUCAAAGUCAAUAUCAGGUCAUGUGUUUCGUUCAUCAUUUCAACAAAGAUGAUUACAUAUCGUCGGAUGCCAUGUCGAAAUUAAGACAAAAAAAUCCAGGUACGAUAAGAAUUCCGGAAGAGGAUAGAGGACGAGAAAAUUACACGAUGAGUCAUUUUAUUGAUUUGCAUCAGAGCGAUGUCAUAUCGGAACAUGUGAGCACUUUGUGCGGUGAAGCAAAAGAUGCCACAUACACGAGAGAAUCGGAUUUGCACAAGUGGGCAAACAUUCCAGGAUAUACGUUAUCCAGUUUAUUGUUAACAACGAGACCGUUUCCGUUGACCAACAGCGUUUUAGGCGAAGCUAAAAGGUGUUACGACACUCCAAACAUAUGGUCAUCGUGCACGUGUCAUUUGGAAAUGUGCAUAGGAUGGUAUCCGUGCGGUCUCAAAUACUGCAAGGGAAAAUUUCUAGAUAAAUCUUCAACGAACAGUAACAGCAGUUAUCGUUGCGGUAUAAAAACGUGCAAAAAGUGUUCUUUGUUUUCCUAUUACGUAAGACAAAAACAGUUGUGCCUGUGGGAUGAAUGA